GUAGACAAAGAAGAGGCGGCAGCUGCAUUAGCUUCACUGCUCAGCUAUAAAACGGCUGUAUUAUAGUAUCAGAGAGAAAUAUUAGAGCGUUAAAGUAACGAUGUGUUCAGUUGAGUAUCUGAGAGAGUUGAUCAGCGACAGACUAACUGCUGCUGCUGGAGAAAUAUUCACAGAGUUUGAAAAAACCAUCGUCCAGUACCAGGAGGAGAUCGAUCGUCAGCGCAGACUGCUGGAUGUCAUCUGGAAACCACACAUCCCCUUACAAACCACAGAUCUCCCACAGCAACACAAGGUCCUUGCUGAGCAACAAUUCUUGAACCAGGACAGAAACUCCAGUAUGGCCCAUGAGGAGCCAGAGCAUCCAUACAUUAAAGAGGAACAGGAGGAACUCUGCACUAGUCCGGACCAUGGGGACUUCGGGCCUUCACUGAUGAAAGAGGAACAGGAAGAACUCUGCACCAGUCUGGAUCAGGAUGACCUAGAACCUCUGCCGAUUAAAGUGGAACAGGAGAAACUCUGCACUAGUCAUGUGGGAGAGCCUCUUGUACUAAAGCAGGAGAUUGAUACAUUUAUGGUGACCUCAACUUUUGAGGAAAGUGACUACAGUGAACCAGAACCAAACAGUGAGCAGCUCCUGUCCCUCAGCUCUCCUUUCAUGUCCGAAGCUCACUGUGAUACUGACGCAGGGAAAAAGUCUCUAACAUGUGACGUCUGUGGAAAAACCUUUCAAGAUAAAUCCAAAAUGAGGAGACACCAUAGAAUCCACACAGGUGAAAAGCCGCACAUUUGUAACACCUGUGGGAAAGGUUUCCGUCACAACUGCAGUUUGAAAGUCCACAUGCAGAUUCACACAGGUGAGAAACCUCACCUUUGUAAUACGUGUGGGAAAAGAUUUUGUGAUCUUUCAACUUUUAAGAGACAUGCAGCAACCCACACAGGUGAGAAGCUAUUCCUUUGUAACACUUGUGGAAAAACAUUUAGUAGAUUAUCAGGGCUUAGAAAUCAUAUGUCAGUCCACACCGGUGAAAGGCCAUAUUCUUGUACAACAUGUGGUAAAUGUUUCACUUCGAGUAGUAAUUUGACUGUCCACAUGAGAACUCACACAGGUGAGAAGCCCUACCCCUGCAACACCUGUGGGGAAAGAUUUAAUAGCACAUCGGAUUUGAAAGUCCAUGUAAGAACUCACACAGGUGAAAAGCCGUACUCGUGUAAAACCUGCGGAAAAAGUUUCAGUCAGCUUGGUAGUUUGAAAGUCCACAUGAAAACUCAUACAGGUGAGAAGUCAUCGUCCAGCAUUAAAGUAACGAUGUGUUCAGUUGAGUAUCUGAGAGAGUUGAUCAGGGACAGACUAACUGCUGCUGCUGGAGAAAUAUUCACAGAGUUUGAAAAAACCAUCGUCCAGUACCAGGAGGAGAUCGAUCGUCAGCGCAGACUGCUGGAUGUCAUCUGGAAACCACACAUCCCCUUACAAUCCAUAGAGCUCCCACAGUCUUAUGUCUGUGAGAAUGAGAAGACUCUCAUUGACCAUCAGCCCCAUGACCAGGAGAGAAACUCCAUGGUGGACCAUGAUGACCCAAAGCCUCCACUGAUUAAUGACCAGCAGGAGGAACUCUGCAGCAUUCUAUGGCAAUCAAAUCCAGAGCUUCCUCAAAUUAAAAGGGAAGAGGAAGAAUUCUGCACCAAUCUGGUCCAAUCAAACCCAGAGCUUCUUGAAAUUAAAAUGGAACAGGAAGAACUGUGCGCCAUUCUGAAUCAGUCAAACACAGAGCUUCUAAUAAUUAAAACAGAACAAGAGGAACUCUGCUCCAGUCAGGAGGAAGAGCAACUUGGAUUGAAACAGGAGACUAAUGCCUUUGUGAUGACUCCUGAUGAUGAGGAAAGUGACCACAGUGAACCAAAACCAAACACUGAUCAGCUCCUGUUUCACAUCUCUUGUGCAGCUGAGAGCCCAGAUCAGGAAGGAAGCAAGGAUGUAGACUCAGGAUCAACUAGACAUGUCAAGCUGAAGCCAAGACAUCACAGUACCAGCAGUCACAGUAAUGAUGUAGACAAUGCUCCAGUGUCAGAGAGACAGUGUGAUAAUGACAAGGCAACAAAAUCUUUAACAUGUGAGAUUUGUGGAAAAGCUUUUAGGUAUAAGUCAGAUUUAAUCACACAUCACAGAACCCACACAGGUGAGAAGCCGUAUUCUUGUGUAAGCUGUGGAAAACGCUUCAGUCGACAAACCAAUUUGACUGCCCACAUGAGAUGUCACACAGGUGAGAAGCCGUAUGUUUGUAACACCUGUGGAAAAAGAUUUUCCCGCUCAUCAGCACAAUAUAGGCACAUGGCAAUUCACAAAAUGAGAAAGGCGUAUUCUUGUGGAACCUGUGGAAAAAGUUUCGUUCAACGUUCCCAUUUGACUGACCACAUGAGAUUUCACACUGGUGAGAAGCCAUAUUCUUGUGGAACCUGUGGAAAAAGCUUCACUCAAAGGUCCCAUUUGACUGGCCACAUGAGAUUUCACACUGGUGAGAAGCCAUAUUCUUGUGGAACCUGUGGAAAAAGCUUCACUCAAAGGUCCCAUUUGACUGGCCACAUGAGAUUUCACACAGGUGAGAAGCCAUAUUCUUGUGGAACCUGUGGAAAAAGCUUCACUCAAAGGUCCCAUUUGACUGCCCACAUGAGAUUUCACACUGGUGAGAAGCCAUAUUCUUGUGGAACCUGUGGAAAAAGCUUCACUCAAAGGUCCUAUUUGACUGUCCACAUGAGAUUUCACACUGGUGAGAAGCCAUAUUCUUGUGGUAUAUGUGGAAAAAGCUUCAGUCGACAGACCAAUUUGACUGUACACAUCAGAUGUCACACAGGUGAGAAGCCGUAUGUUUGUAACACCUGCGGAAAAAGGUUUUCUCACUCAUCAGUACAUAAGAGGCACAUGACAAUUCACAAAAUGGGAAAGCCGUAUUCUUGUGGAACCUGUGGAAAAAGCUUCAUUCAGCGUUCCCAUUUGACUGACCACAUGAGAAUCCAUACAGGUGAGAAGCCGUGAUCCUGAAACAUCUGUGGAAAACUUAGCGUCAGAACUAAGCUUGAAACAACAUGUAAGAAUUGAUACAGGUUAAAAGUAGAUCCCUGAAAUUUAAAGCACCUUUCAUCAAAAAUUGUCAGAAAGUGUGUAAGCAGUCCUUGAUGAUUAGACCAGAUGGAGUCUGGACUGUGGUGGUGGUGGAGCAGUCAGAAGAACCAAACUGAAUAUCUGGAUGGAUAUGGUGUUAGUACAGACUACUAUAUUUCUGAUAUCAUGACAUCCUUCAUCAGCAGAGCAGUGAUUUGAGAUAUUAUGAAGCUGUUUGGAACAUUUUCACAUCCUGCUGAAAGAACAUGGCUGUUCAGGUGUGAACAUACUGCUGGAAUCUACACAGCUUGAGUUCUGUUGUCUUUCAGGUAAAAGGAGGCAACAAGAUACUGAGAUGUCUCAAGCAAGCAUAAGUUAUGGCAA